AUGAAAACAGGAGGCCUCCUAAAUGGCGUUGGAUACGGUAUCAUCGGCCACAAGGGUUCCAAAUUGAUCCCCCUGAUCAAUGAGGCGCUUCUCAACCUGAAGGAAAAGGGCGAACUCUUGCGCUUGGAGGACAAGUGGUGGAAACAGCAGUCAGAGUGUAACGUGGAGACGGACCUCAGCCCAGGCCUAAAAUUCCGCGCUAUUGUCGGGCUAUUCUAUUUCAUUGCCGUGCUGUUGGUGCUAAAUCUGGUAUUUGCAGUUUUUGAGAACGUCAUCUGCCGCUCAAAGAAAACGUUGGAAAGCACCGGCCUAACGAGU